CCGCCGCGGGCAUUAAAUCAGUCGGAUCGUCGUCGUGUUCGGGGGUAAAAGUAUCCUUCUGCAGUUACGUGCUGAUCAGCGUACCCAUCAUCGUCACAAGACCCCAUGAGAUCGUCACAAAAGACCUUCAAGUCAGUACGGGCGAUUCGCAGGAGUGCAGUAUUCAAAUUACAGGCUAUUCAGAUGAUCUGCAACUAAUCCAUAGAGGUUAUGCGCGGCAGCCAUCUUCCUGGUCAGUGCUUUGUCAUUGGGGAUAAUACGAAAGGUCUACUCAUGUGUAGCCCUAUGACAAAAGCAAAAGAGAUGCAUCAUCAGUUCGUGUAAGUAGCAGGAUGGAAUGAAGCAUAAGGCAGUGGAUGAGUCUUUGUCUUAUAUUCAUCAAUGCCAAAUCCCAUAUGGCAGAACGCUUAGCAGAACCCGGACAACAUGACACACCAGGGAUCCAAUCACCACAGGCCUGCCAGCCAUAAUCGGAUUAAGGCGGCCCCUACAGGGGGCGGAGUCAGAGCAAGGAGGAAUGGCAUCCAUCAUCAUCAGCAAGAAAAAAUUGAUUCUCAGAACAACAUCCUGAAGAAGUCGGGGGAAGCAACUCUGCAAUCAACAAAUCGAGAAUGGGACUGUGGCAUCCCUAUUCCUGAACUCUCAUUAAGAAGCUGCACCUGCUUGGUUGCCAUCUUGUCUCUUUUCUGCUAUUUAAACAGUUGCUGUGGCGAUUUCGUCUUUGACGAUGCAGAAGCAGUGCUUAGCAACAAAGACAUUAAGCCAGAGACACCGAUCAGUGAAUUAUUCCAAGAUGACUUUUGGGGUGAGAGAAUCGUCAAGAAUCAUAGUCAUAAAUCCUACAGACCUCUCACUGUGCUAUCCUUCAGGUUGAACUACAUCCUAAGUGGUGGCUAUCACCCCUUUGGUUUUCAUUUGACUAAUGUCAUCUUGCACUCCUUCAUCAGUGUCUUUUCACUCCGCAUCUUCUCCGUCAUCUUCAGUGAUGCUCAUUCUCGUCUUGAAGCAGAGAAGCGUCAACAUCAAUGUCAAACAUUCCCAGCUCCUAGAGCUAGUUUACUGUGUUCUCUUCUGUUUACAGUGCAUCCUAUCCAUACAGAAAGUGUGGCUGGGAUUGUGGGCAGAGCUGAUCUGUUAUCCACUGUAUUCUUCUUUCUGUCCUUUUAUGUCUAUGUUGCUGCAUUGCAAAAAGACGCUAGUCAUUCUCUUCUGAAGUUAUCAUGUUCUAUAUUGUGUUGUGCUGCAUCAAUGCUGUGUAAAGAACAGGGCAUUACUGCCCUUGGUGUCUGCAUAAUUUAUGACAUCAUCGUCAACUGUCAAGUAGACAUUCUCCAAGUCUUCCAGAGGUUCCUAAUUCAAACCAAAUCCCAUGCUCCUGGUCAUCCAAAAUGGCUGCCUGGUCUAGUGACCAGACUCUUUGUAGUGUCUCUGUGUGCUUUAGUACUGUUGGUUGGGAGAUUUAUCAUAAUGGGCAGUGGGCCACCGCCAUUUCAACCGUCUGACAAUCCUGCGUCAUUCGCUGAUGGAUUUCUGACGCGGGUGACAAACUAUAACUUCAUUUAUGCGCUCAACCUGUGGUUGUUAAUCUUUCCUCACUGGCUUUGCUUCGAUUGGUCAAUGGGAUGUGUGUCUCUGAUUCAAUCAGCCACUGACAUCAGGCUGCUUGCCCCAAUUGCAUUGUGGGUACUGUUGGCUUGUCUGAUCUACAGGUGUGUGGUUGGUCAACCCAGCCACAACAAAAGGGUUCUUACAAUGGCCUUAGCCUUCCUCAUCAUUCCCUUCCUUCCUGCCUCCAAUCUCUUCCUCCGAGUUGGCUUUGUCAUCGCUGAGAGAGUCUUGUAUCUGCCCAGUCUUGGCUUCUGUAUGCUACUGACGCUGUUAAUCAAUAAGAUUUCAUGUAGUCCUGUAUCUAAGAGGGCUGUGCGAGGUCUCUUGGUUGUUCUGAUGGCUUGCUAUAUUGGUAGAUGUAUCCAACGCAACCAAGAUUGGAUGACAGAGGAAAAACUUUAUAAAGCUGGAUUGGAUGUGUGUCCACAGAAUGCCAAAGUUCAUUACAAUAUUGGUAAGAAUGCUGCUGAUCGUGGUAACUUAGAAGAAGCUAUCACAUACUACAGACAAGCACUGAGUUUGAAUCCUGUCUAUGAUCAAGCUAUGAACAACCUUGCCAACCUGCUGAAAGAUCAAGGACGUCUUACAGAGGCAGAGAAGCUGCUUCAAAAGGCAGUCCAAAUCAAACCACAGUUUGCAGCAGCUUGGAUGAACCUGGGCAUUGUUCAAGCUGUUAUCAAGAAAUAUACGGAUGCUGAACAGAGCUACAAGACAGCUCUGUUUCAUCGUCCUAGAUAUGCAGACUGUUACUUCAAUCUUGGUAACAUGUACUUGGAACUCCACCGAGAUAAUGAAGCUUUAGGGGCGUGGUUGAACGCAACAUCCUUCCAAAGUGACCACGCUCAAGCCUGGAGUAACGCCGUGGUCCACUUAGAAUCACUUGGUCGAUAUGAGACAGCCAUAUUGGUUGCCAAGGAAGCCAUGAAGCAUGUUCCACAGGAGCCAUCCAUCUAUUUUGGCCUGGGGAACGUACUGGGCAAAGAGGGACGUUAUCAGGAGGCCGAAGAAAACUUCUUAAAAGCGAUUCGCCUGAACCCCAUGAUGGCUAAUUACCAUGGCAACCUCGGUGUAUUGUACCAUCGCUGGGGAAAGUUCAGUGAGGCUAGAAAGCAUUACUUAUCAGCACUGGAGUUAGUUCCAGAAUCUGACAAUGUUCGAGAGAACUUAAAGAAACUUGAGCAAACCAUGGCAAAGAAGAAGACCAAGAAACAUACGAGAAAUUGAACUCUUUAUCAUCAAGACUAUUGCUGAGAGGACCACAGCAUUGCAGUCAGGUGCCAUCAUCAACAACUUUUCAGCUCGUCACAGUUUUACACAAGGAGCUUGUGUAGCUGCCAAAGUCAUUCCUCAUUGAUCAGGUACAAGCUCCUACAAUUUUAGUUUUCCAUUAAGCAAGGAAAAUUGAAAGAAGCAAGAUAAGAACCUGUAGUUGUAGAAAAACUGUACCAGCAUAUCUUACAACUAUGCGGUAAUUUCUGAAUUUCACUAUUCUUCACUUCAGGAAGUUUCUUGUAAAUUUGUUGAGGCUCUGCGGUUCUAUUUUUGCAGAAAGACCUGUACCCCAUUUUCCUCCAUCAGCUGUGUAUGGGUAACAAUUACAAAAGAGACCAAAUUACUUCAAAAAAGCUACCAACUCAGAAUUAUGACAUGAAAUUACAGUUUUUCAUAUCUAAUCAUGAAAAUAUCUAAACAAAGUAUGGUUUCUGUGCUGCCACUUCUUAAUGUUUGUAUUCAUAGAUGCAAUUACUUUGUUGUGAACUAAGAAUUGAUAAACUGAGUAAUGAUAACUUUAAAUAGAAACUUUUAACAAUACUUGAACUCUUGUAGAAUUUUAUCAAUUUCAAUUCAGCCCAAGUGGAACAUGUGGAAGUAUAUUUUUAAAAAAGUGAAGAAGUUCUGAAAUUGCAAUGCGAACAGAAGUUUUAUCAAAAGCUGACACAGGGUCAGUAAUUGAAAGGACACAAGUCUUGACAAAUGGGGAAAAAUUCGCAAUAUUUUAUUAAUCUCUCGAUAAUGCAAUUUUCUAUAUCUCUUCUAUUUAAUAAUAAUAACUAAUAAUAACUUACCAGCUGUGUUUGAAAAACUGUAGAAUAUAAUAUAUUUCCUGAAUUCUUUGUUUUGACUUGAAAGUUUCCAUUAAGCUGAAUGAGUAACCAUAACAACAUUACACUGCCGUUAAUGUAAUAUCGAAUGUAUUCUCGUGGAAAUAAAAUCUUUAAUUACUCAACUUGGUAAAUAAAUCUUAUGGAGCUCACAGA